UCAUGACAUGAUACAAGGAAGCAUGGGAACUUUUUCGUCGGUGAAAGGAAGCGCACUGUCUUUCGCCUGCUUUUCCGCUGUCGUGAUGUACUUCAUCGCAGGUGCCAAAACAGCGAGGGUCGUUUACCCUAGGCUACUUGAAGAACGGUCGUCCGAUGGAGGAAUGAUGCUAAAGGUUCAUGAUGACUUGACCCUUAACCUGAGGAAAGGGUCGGUGGCGGCACGUGAACUGCGCGUCUUGACGGAAGAAAAUGGACGCCUUGUAACGCGAUUUUACAACGGGGAAGAUAUUGAGAGAAAUCUCUAUGAAGACGAAGAGAAGAUCGCCUCAGUCAUGGUGACCAAAACGGCAAGUGGCGUCCACAUGGAAGGACUGGUUAGUCCAACUCACAGAAUAAAACCAAUGCCGGUCUCGGAGAAGUCUGACGACGGCGUUGUGCCCCACGAGAUCCACGAGAUUGAACACAAACAAAUGCUGGACAAAACGCUAACCUACAGGAGCAAUGCUUCAAAGGGUGCUGCUAGUGAACGAGCGCUCUCGUCUAGAGUCAGCGUUCCUGCUCAAGUAACCGUAGAAGUGUUCGUUGUUUUAGACACAUGGCAUCACCGCCACUUCACGAGCACAAAGCAUGCACUGUGGUAUCUAUGCGUCAUGGUAAACUCGGCGAACAUAAGAUACCGAGACGCGUCGAAUCCAGAGGUACGACUUCUUCUUACCGGUGUGGAAAAAGCUGUGGAAGAAGACUACGUUGUGUCAGCAAAAAAUGAUAAUGGCUAUCUGUUUGACGACGGAACGAUACCAAAGUUCAGAAAGUACGCUGUCUCGAAAAAGACAGCGUACGGCCACCCAGAUAUUGUCUUUCUAAUGACUGGGCGCGACGUGUUCACAGUUUACGAGGGUAAGGUUACUGACGCAGGCUCAGGUAUUGGUUACGUCUGCGGUGUCUGCACUGAUUUCUACGUAGGAUUAGGAGAAGACAAACCGGGACUUUUCAGUGGGACGCACACCUUUACCCACGAAGCUGCUCACCUGCUGGGCGCAAAGCAUGACGGAGAUGGUCCCAACGAGGCUAUGCCUGGUCACCCUGGAGCGAAGAGCUGCUCGUGGGAUUGGGGUCAUAUCAUGAGUUACAUAAACAAAGGUCCUUCUCACCACCGGUUUUCGACGUGCACCUUGGCACAGAUUAGAUUCGUUCUUAGCCGAGCGGGUGAAAACUGCUGGAAGGUACUAUCGAAAGGGACUUAUGUGAAGAACGUGUACCCAGGAAUGGCAGUAACGUUUCAACAGUUCUGUGCGGUCAUGCCUUACGACAAAGAGAACUCCACCUACGAAUACUCCACCGUUAACCAAACAAAUUGCAAAGUGCGCUGCAAUUUCUCCAAAACACACUGGUAUCAUGGAUACAGUGGUCUGGAAAGUUACAAGGUGAAAUUUUACUACGACGGAGAUGCACUGGACUACAUGCCCUGCGGAGACCAUCACGUCUGCAUCCAAGGACUGUGCAAGGAUAAACGUCAGAAUAAUUAUUACCCGAUAGGUGAAAGGAACCCCACACGCACUGGUGAAAGGAGUGAUGUUUUUACACGACCACUACGAAACGGACGGUAAAAGCGACAAAAUGGAUGUUCGCUUGGCGGCACGAUCCAAGAAGCUGGCAACAUUAAGGUGGCAGCACACGUAUGCAAAAUAAACGAUGCUCCACGAGA